CUGCCUCAGACGUCAUCCUUUCGCGACAGCUUUCCGUCGGAUUGGUUGCGUAUGCGUGACCCGGAAGUGAACGGCUGAGGCCGACGCUUCUAAGUGGGGGUGAAGAUGCCACUACCUGUGCAAGUGUUCAAUCUGCAGGAGAAUUCUGUAUCAGGGUCCAGGGGUGCAAAAAGUGAGUUCAGGAUGACAGAUAGCUCCACUUCCAGCUCAGCAUCCUCUUCAGGGAGUGAUCAGUUCUGCACCCCCCACAGCAGUAGGUCAGACAUCUUCAGAUUGGUUACCGAUGAAGACUACAGACUGAAUGCCUCCUUGUCUACCUGCACACUGCAAUAUGAGAGCGCAGUGGAACCAAUGCAGAUAGAUGCAGACCCCCAAGAUGACCAGCAGAAUAUGCCCGAUGUCAAUUAUGUUGUGGAAAACCCAACUCUGGAUCUUGAGCAGUAUGCUUCCAGCUACAGUGGCCUCAUGCGUAUUGAGAGGUUACAGUUUAUUGCUGAUCGCUGCCCUCAGCUGAGGGUUGAGGCCUUGAAAAUGGCUCUGUCCUUCGUGCAGAGAACAUUUAAUGUGGAUGUGUAUGAAGAUAUCCAUCGAAAGCUUGCAGAAGCCUCUAGGGAGGUUCAGAAUGCCCCAGAUGCAGUGCCUGAAGGUUCGAUGGAGCCACCUGCUUUGGACACCAGCUGGGUGGAGGCAACACGUAAAAAAGCACUUCUGAAACUGGAGAAACUGGACACCGAUCUUAAGAAUUAUAAAGGGAAUUCGAUCAAGGAAAGUAUACGGAGGGGUCAUGAUGAUUUGGGAGAUCAUUAUUUGGACUGUGGUGACCUAAGCAAUGCUUUAAAGUGCUACUCCAGGGCUCGCGAUUACUGCACAAGUGCCAAGCAUGUCAUUAAUAUGUGCUUGAAUGUUAUCAAGGUCAGUGUGUAUCUCCAGAACUGGUCUCACGUUCUCAGCUAUGUCAGUAAAGCAGAAUCUACACCUGAAAUUGCAGAGCAAAGAGGCGAGCGAGACAGCCAGACCCAAGCUGUACUGACUAAGCUAAAGUGUGCUGCAGGUUUGGCAGAGUUAGCUGCUCGGAAGUAUAAACAGGCUGCAAAGUGCUUCUUACUGGCAUCAUUUGAUCACUGUGAUUUUCCCGAGCUCCUUUCCCCCAGUAAUGUGGCUGUGUACGGUGGUCUAUGUGCUCUUGCCACCUUUGAUCGCCAGGAACUUCAGAGAAAUGUUAUAUCCAGCAGUUCAUUCAAGUUGUUUCUGGAGCUGGAACCACAAGUCCGUGACAUCAUCUUUAAGUUUUACGAGUCAAAAUAUGCAUCUUGCCUGAAGAUGCUGGAUGAAAUUAAGGAUAAUCUUCUCCUCGAUAUGUAUCUCGCCCCUCAUGUCCGGACCCUCUAUACGCAGAUCCGGAACCGAGCUCUUAUUCAGUAUUUCAGUCCCUAUGUAUCUGCUGAUAUGUACAAAAUGGCAACUGCCUUUAAUACAACUGUGUCUGCUCUGGAAGAUGAACUCACUCAGUUAAUUCUCGAGGGAUUAAUUAAUGCACGCAUUGACUCACACAGUAAGAUCUUGUAUGCACGAGAUGUUGAUCAGCGUAGCACAACUUUUGAGAAAUCCUUACAGAUGGGCAGAGAAUUCCAGAGACGAGCCAAAGCCAUGAUCCUGAGAGCUGCUGUGCUGCGCAACCAGAUCCACGUAAAAUCUCCACCAAGAGAAGGAAGCCAAGGCGAACUGACACCAGCAAACAGCCAAUCCAGACUCAGCACUAACAUGUGACCGCAUCAGUUAUCUGCAAUCCUGUCUCUUUAAAUAGAACCAUGUGGGGCUAUCACAUAUAGAGACGUGUGUUCCACCUGCUUAGGACACUAUCCCAGUGGCCAACUCAGUUGUGUAUUUAUGUGUUUAUCAGGAACUGUGGGGUUUGCUUCUGCUUGGUCACAAAUUGUUGAAUGUUUUCAUACUUUUUGGUGGCAUUAGACAAGUAGUGACAUAAGUCUGUAUUUAAUGUUGGCUGCAGAGAACCAGGCAGGGCCAAUGAAGGACAAGUUAUAGAUUACAGGGCAAAAGUGGCCUCUUCUUUAAAGUCUACUGCUCCCCAUAGGAUUAGCAGAUGGUGUCACACACCACCUCCUUUCCCAGUUUUCCAUAUUCUUAUUCUACAUUUCCCUCUACCCCCUUUCUCGCUGCUAUGCUUUGGGAUAUUUAACCCUUCUGUUACUGGACUGACUUUACAGAACACCCUUGAAUUUUAUUCAUCAACCUGUGCACAUAACUGAACAAAACAGGCCUUUACCACCCGGAAGCAUUGAUAUUUAAAUGUCUCUGUUUCAUUUAGUUUCUCUUUCGAAUUAAACUUGUUGCUGUUUGCGUGUUCCUUUCUCACAGCUGGAUUCCUGUUUUUCCGUAUUACAGCUGUUAAUAUGCAGUUUGUCCCCCCCCCCCAGCAGAACCCAAUAAAUGGCACAUUAGUCAGAAUUUCAGUCUGUAGAAAAAGUCUAUAACUCAGAAUAAAACAUAAUUAUCUGGGUA